GCCCUUGAUCGCUCUCCGGAUCAUCGAUCCCAGCGCGCGGCGGCGAGGAUUUCAACUAACGAAAUGGACGAGGAAUUGGCUAAGGUGCAGGCUCAAAUCGGGCUUCUUCAGCCGCAGAUCCAAGCGGCUGGGGAAUCUUUUCUCUCUGCCUGUGAGAGUGGCAAUCAAUCUCUGGUGGAAUAUUGGCAGAAGGAAGAAGAACAGCUGUGGAAGGAAGAAGAACAGCUGCGGAAGGAAGAAGAACAGCUGCGGAACAAGGAACUCCUCCUCCUCAAAUCUAAUGUGCGCGGAUCUGACUUUAUUGUGCCUCUCACAGCACCAGCGCCAGCAGCGGGACUUCCUCCAGCCGAUUCUUACGUGCCUGACAUGAUCGCCUGGGCCAAAAAGCUGGACGAGAACCUGACCGCAGAUUUUGCUGACGGCGGCAUUGACUGGACAAGCCAUGCGACUUUUCGGGAGCUCCAUAUUCCCGCUUUCUCUGGAACUGAUGGCAAUCAAACAUACAUGUACAUGGGUCGCUCACUCUUCAAGGAGAUAGAAAGUUUUGUAUCGGCCUUGAGACACGGCACUUCGGAUAAUGACAACAAACCUCCAGGUAUAAUUAUUGGAACUCCGGGGUGGUCUGGGAAGACCACUGUUCUUGCUACUGUGGCUGGAUAUCUUCGGCACCUUUGGAAGAACACCUCCAAGAAGGUCGUCUUUAUCAAUGGCGAAGAUUUGGUCGACAAUCCCUUGAGGACAAUGUGGCUGGCUCUUUUGCUGAGCUACAUAGACGACCUUCCAGCCGAGCUUUUGUGCCGGGGGUGGACCUUGGAAGCAUUAGAAUCUUGGAUCCUGUCGAGAUGGUCAGAGCAGCUUUACUUUCUUGUGGACGAGGCCAACGCGUUUGACACCACGCUCAACAGAAAACUGGGGGCUCCCAGCGCGGAAAGAAGAGACGAGGCUUACCAUUCUAUGAAGACGAUGCAAUUGCUGCACGUCGUUGUCUACUGUUCGUCCGUCGGACCUCUGUGGAGGAGCAGAGUAGUGAGCGACAAAAGCCCUCCGUACAUGUUAGUCACAGGUGGUUACAGCGCUGAGGAACUGCAGGCAUAUUGCGAACACGAGGUUCGUCGUGCCGGGCGGCUCCAAGUGGAGGAUCCAAUUGUGGCGUAUUGCAGGCUUCGCACAAGGCAAGAACACCGGAAGUUGAAUGCAAAUGCUAAGCGCAUUAAGGUUGAUGGAUCUGAGGAGGAGCUGAAUUUGUCCGACAUGGAGCUCUGCUCGGAAUUCAAAAGUGAGACUGGCUGGGUUCCCGGGCUUGUCGCUCAUUACGGGACCUGGAAACUACGGACCACGUACCACAUGUACGAAGCUGGGCUGCGAGAGUAUAUCCAAGAGGCGGUCAAGGACCGAGAUCGCUGGGAUUCCUUCAUAGCUGUGCUCGGCGGAGUGGAAACGAUUAGAAGGGUGUUGCGAGACGCGCUAGACACUCGAUGCUUCUACGUGGAUCCAGAGACACAAACAGGAAAAUGUCUAUCAGAUUCUCUGCGUGCGCGCACUAUGGUGCUCAUCACCGAGACUCUGCGGUACGCGUCCGACUUUGAGGCUAGGAUGGGCAUCGGCCAAUGGACAGGGCUGAUCCGGCACGACGACAACAGUGCUCGGGUUGGGUGGAACGCAGAAAUGGCAACUCUCAUUUUCAUCAAACACUAUGGUAUCGUUAUUGACACGGAAGGUCUGCAGCUUAACUUCAAACCUGAAGUGGUUGUCAGAUUCGAAGGUGAUUUCUCUCCCCAAUUUCUGAUCGCGGACAAUGUUUCUCGUUUCUUCCCACCUGUGAAGUUCAACCACACGGGAGUUGAUUGCCUUGGAGAAAACGAGAAGCACGUUUUGUGGGUGCAAAUAGCGACUGGGGUGGAUGUGGUAUUGAAGCAUGGAAAUACGCUCUCGCGAUUUUUGGAGAUGACAAAAGGUGACGCGCGAGAGAAGGUUCUUGUCUGGAUCUUGGCAGUGGACAGUGCUGAUAAGAUAUGGAUACGCAAUGGCGUGGGUUACAAGGAGGUGUUCAUUUGUUUUGGCCGUUUGAGUGAAAUGCUGAAAGUCAUCGACGUUGCAUGCUGCAGGCUGCAUCUCGAGAGUAGCAAGAACGUCAAGGUGGCAAGCAACCCUGAAGAAGCUAAAGCUGAGGCGGAGGAGUUGAGAAAGCUUGGUCGGUGCGGUUCCUUGAGCACGGGAAGUGGAAAUCCCUGUCGGCGUUUUCGUGGUGACGAGCCAUAUUGCCAUCACCACGAUAAGCGUCCUUGAAUAGUCUUCAGUGUUUCAGCCUUGGAUGUUUACAUUUAACCAUCACAUUUUGGAAAUUUUGGGAAUUGUUGGUUUUUCUA